UUUGAGUGUGAGUUUAUGGAUCAUUUCGCCCUUUUACUUGAUCGUUCCCCUUGGUUGUAAGUUCUGACCUACUUGCUGUUUGAUCUUUGGAACAAGGAGGUGGUCAUGAAAGUCGCCGCAUUAUUGAACUUUCUGAACUGUUGGAACACAAUGCGUUUUCUUGUUCCCUUGUUUUUUCCCCUUUGCAUAAAUAAGCAGAUUUAUAAAAAUAAGGCACCCUACUAUGAUGGUCUGACUUUUUACUUUGUGAAGCUCUCAGUCUUUUCCAUUGCUUCUAGCCCUUUCGCUUACUUGUUACUAUUUAAUAUUUUUUAUAGAAAUAAAGGAGCAGUAAGAUCCAAAAUUGACCACGGUCAUUUUUUAAAAAAUGCCAAAAAAUCGAAAUCUAGAAAAAGAGGAUCUGACUCCGAAUAA